AUUGAAUGCAUUCUCUUUUCUGGCUGUACUUUACCCAGUUCACUCGACUUGGAUCCGGGAAACACAAAUUGUGAAUUCCAAAGUGAAGUACAAGUCCCCGACAGUUCUGGCAAAGCCAGCCGACAUGCAUUUGGGUGUAGACCUAAUUACAACUACAUGCUCCUGAAUUCACCCUCGAUAAAGGGUUAGCCUUACAGACUGCGACAGGCGUCAGCGCUUCCAUCGGGCUUCCGCUCGCUCCGACCUCUUUUCCCAGUUUCUAUUAAAUGUACCAUUAUAUAAGAUAGUACGCACAUAAGCAAUCGUGUGUAGCGCCGAGGGCGCGCCUUGGGGCGAGAAUGUCUGAAGGGAGUCUCGCCUUGCUUGCCUUCGCCGCUUUGUGGGCUGCGCUUGCAGCUGCACAUAGUGCGGCGGAAACAAUCACAUUUGAUGGCACGGCGACCGUCCUGUCCGCUCUGACGGUGCACAUCAAGGACCCCAGGUGCAACCAGCGCCACCUGGGCAAGGACUACCUGUACGUGUCACCGGUCAACACAUCGGACACGGCCCUGGCGCCGGUGCAGGUCGCCGCCGGCCCCGACCUGCAGCAGCAGCUGGGCGUGGCCACCGGGGACCUGGUGCGAGUGACGGUGGCGGUGGCGGUGGCGGCCGCACACACGGGCAACAACACGGAGGCGGCGGCGGCGCCAGCACCCUCCGGAUGGGGCGCAGGCGGCGGCGACGGCACUUUGCCCCCGCCGGAUGCCAGCGGCGACACGCCGCCGCCGGAUGGUAGCAGCAAUGCGCCGCCGCCGGACGGUAGCGGCGAGGCGCCGCCGCCAGAUGGGAGCUACGAGGCGCCGCCGUCAGGCGAGCGCCGGCGCAACCGCCGCCUGGGCGCCUUCGUGAGCGGCAGUAGCAGCAGCACUGCCACCAGCAGUACCAGUACCCGCAGCAGCAGCGGCAGUAGCAGCAGCAGCAGUACAAGCGGCCUGUUCGACAGCCAUCUGGAGGGCGGGGCGGACCUGCAGCUGCUGAACCUGACGCUGCUGGCCCCGGGCGACACGGGCAAGGAGGUGUACAACGGCAGUACGUUGUACGUCAAGAGCAUCACGUACAUCAUUUCUACGUGCGGUUGGUCCGAGUCCAUUGGCGCCGACGCUCUUCGCGCGCAGUGGUUCAACGACACGUACGGCCCGCGGCGGCUCAACCUGCAGGACUACCACCAGCUGUGCAGCUACGGCAAGGUGGUGUGGGGCCCAGACAACAACAUCAUCGUGGGGCCGGUGGAGGUCCCCUGCAGCGGCUCUGUGCAGGUCAGUGCCUCGCGCAGUGCGGCCUACAACGGCAGCUCCAAGUGCGGCCUGUACGAGCAGAUGGCGUGGAGGACGGCGGGCGAGGCGGCGGCGAGGGAGCUGGGCUACGGCGCCUGGAUUGACGCCGCCAAGCAGGCAUUCGGCCUGAGGGUCAUCGCCGUACUGCCUGCAGAGGUCCCCUGCCCCUGGCUGGGGCUGGCCUCUGUGGGCUGUGCGGGCCGCUACUGCGAGACCUACAUCAAGGGCACCGCCGCCGCCGACCUGCCCAGCUUCUUCCACGAGCUGGGCCACAACCAGGGCCUGGGGCACGCCGGGGCGCACCUGGACGAGUACGGCGACGGCAGUGACGUGAUGGGCAACGCGGGUAACGGAGCCAACGGCUACCUGUGCCUCAACUCAGCAUACGCAUACCGCGUGGGCUGGGCGACGCCGGCGGAGCAGUUGCAGGUCCAGGACACCCCUGGCGGCACCUACCUCACAUACACGGUGCCUGCCACCGCCACCACCGACGCCAACUACCUGCUCCUCAACUUCUCCGCGUCAGGACCGGGCGUGCCGCCGUACAGCUACCCCUACCCCUACCCCAACUACUACGUGUCCCUCCGAAGCCGUACUCCCACGUACGACAACAUCUUGCCCAACAAGAUCAACGACCAGGUGCAUAUCACUCAGUUCAACGGCACUGCCCGGGAGCGCGACUACAACGUCAGCUGGGAGAUGGCGCACCUGCGGGUGGGCCGGUCCUGGGCCAGCCCGCUGAUCGAGACCGGCCCGCUGGUCGAGACCGGGCCGGGCGAGGGCGCGGGUGUGAACCUGACCGUCAUCUACAUCGAGCCGGGCGUGGCGGCCGGGCUGUCGGUGUGUGUGUUCCGCACCGCCUACGAGUCCGGACCAGAGCUGUGCGGCAAUGGGCUAGACGACGACUGUGACGGCCUGGUGGACGAGGCCGACCCCAGCUGUGGGCCGGAGGGACAGCCCUCACCGCCGCCGCCCCAACUGGAGCCGCCGCCCAUGGACGUCUGGCCGCCGCAGCCGCAGCCAGCGUUAGAUGCCGCCGCCGCCGCCGCCCCAUGCAAAUUAUCAUCAAUUAUCCAGAAAUAAAGGGGCCAGACCAACACACCCGCCGGUCUAUUCUUGUCUGGUUUGGUAUGGUCUGGUGAGGCCCAGUGCAUUUACUGGGGCAGUGGUAUGUGCGCUGGCUGCUGGUCAGGAUGAAUGGCAGCUCCCAAGCUGGCCGAACAACGAAACCGUAUCCAACAAAACCGGUACCAUUACUGGAUUCACGUUUGACUCAUUUGCGACAUACCUUUGUUUUACGUUACAUCACGUGAUGAAUGCUAGCAGCAGGAGCUUUCUUCUCUUUUAGAGCAAGGCGCUGAUAACGUCAAUUGACUUCCUUGUCUCUCCUCUCUUGCGGUGGAGCUAUGACGCCCGCAUGCGUGCGGCAUUGUCUUCUCUUUACCUGGCAGUGGCGCCGUUAGUGCUUGCACACAAAAGAAAGUGCGCGUUGUGAUGAGGCUGGUGAGGCUGGUAAGGAUGGGAAAGGGACCGUACAGGGAGGGACUAAUGCACCACCACCACGACUGAUUACUGCAAGGAGCCUGCGAUCACCUUUUACGUUACAUCACAUGAUGAAUGGUUGCGGUGCUGGCACCAUGAUCAGGUCGUGGGGGCAUGGGGCAACCAUGUUUGGUGCUGUAGGGGUAGGGACGGCCGGGGAGCUGGGUGGGGCUUGACGCUGCCUGCCUGCUGGCCAGCCCGCUGCAGGGCAGGCGGAGGAUAGGCGAGGUGUUGGGGGAGCAGACGCGCGAAUUAGGGAGAGGAACGGAUGUGGAGGAACGGGAGAAGGAGCGGUGGAGGUUGAGGGUGGUGGGGUUGGGCGUGGGGGUGGAUGGCGUGGUUUAUUCCAUUCCCAAAAUAAGCCAUGGCGUGGGGCUGACGACAGCAGUUGGCCCCGCGGUCGCAUGCAUUCAUGUCGUGUCGUGUCCUCUGUGUGGUAUCGUGUCGCGUCGAUGCGCCAUCGCGCAAUCACCUGUGACCUAGCAAGCGCAGCACCAAAGGUCAUCAGCUCGCACGUGCCGCUUGGCUCUCCCUUUGGUGCUUGUGCGUGCAUACACGUCAGAGGGGAGGUGACGCGUGCGUGCCUAUUCUUACCUCGAUGUAUGCGUGUAUUUGUGUUCUUGCGGCGCGCGUCAAGCGAAAUGCUCAGCCUUCCGAGGUUAUGAAGUGUGGUCUUUCGAGGUGUACAAAGUGUGGCACAAUGUGGUGCCCUAUGAUUGGGACAGGGAGACCGUAAGGUGCCUUGGGAUGUGACCGCGCACCCCCUGUCUUUUAAGGAAUGCUUUGUUUAUGGCCGCCUCUUGUUGAUGCCGCAUUGCGUGCGGGCAUUGGCUGAGGCAGUGCUUUUUAUGGGGUGAGCACAAUCUUAAGGAGUCGCAU